CUUCCAGUUGCUUCAUAUGUGAGAAGGGACUCAGGACAGGAGAAGUGGGAUGUUUUGGCAACAAAGAUGCAAGAUGAACCCCAGGAUGGGCUCCUGCAUGGCGGGCAUUUUCAGCAUCCUCCUCACCAUCCAGUCCCUCAUUCUUGACUUGAACCAGACGUUUUCCUUUGGUAGGGAUCCCAACAAAUUCCACAUCUACAAGGAGCUCCAUGGAGUGGUCCUCUGGACUUUCAGUCACAAGAAUAACAUCACCAUCUUUCUGUCCAUCACUACACUCCUGGCUAGUUGCUUCCUCCUCUACUCUGUACACAUGGAACUCUACCUGGGCCUCCUGGUCUACAUCCUCUGGAUCGUCAUUUAUGAAAUCACCUGCUUCUCCCUAAUCCUGCUCAUGUCUCAGGUCAUCCAGCCUCCCUUUCUGCCAAUAAAGUACUACCUGUGGAUUAACCAAAUUUCCCGCAUGAUCUUCCAUGCCUUCUGGCUACCCUUUGUCACGAUCUAUGCCUACGAUCUCUUUAAGGACCCAUACCACUGGGCCAAGCAGAGUCCUCAUUCCAGACAGCACUCUGAAGUAUCUGAAUCCUGGUCCCAAAUGGCUACAGCAACCCAUGAAAGAAAGUUCACUUGA